AUGAAAUCCCUCUCAGCCUCUCCUCUCUUCACUCUUUGAACCUUUCAUCUGUCUGCAGUGAACCCUCAUCUCCGUGGCAACAUGCUGUGGAACCUGCUCACCCUGACCGCUGCUCUCACAUGUGUGAGUGCUGUUACCACGGUGACACAGAGGCCUGAUGUUCUGACUGUGAGGAGAGGAGAGACGGCCUCCAUGGACUGUAACCUGGGCACAGUCACUCUUUCGCCUGCCCGUUGGUACAAACAGAUCCCUGGAGCAGCUCCUCAACAUGUUCUGAGAUUUUAUCACAGCUGGAGCGAUGUGAAGUAUGGCCCUGGGUUUUCAGCUCCUAAAUUCACAUCUAAUCAUCAGUCUGAAACAGAUUAUCGUUUGAUUAUCAAUAAUGUGGAUGGAGUGGAUUCUGCUGUUUAUUAUUGUAAUACAUGGGAUGGUUCUGUUAACAACUUCGUAUCACACACUGUGGUAUUCGGACAAGGCACCAAGCUCAUUGUGACCGAUUUGGUCCCUGCUCCUGUCCUGACUGUGUUCCCCCCCUCCCUCACACAGCUCCAGUCCAGCAGAGCCUCUCUGCUCUGUGUGUCCCGUCAGAGGGGGCCGUUUGCUCAGGUGGCCUGGUUGGUUGAUGGGACUCCAGUGAACAGUGGGGCCUGGAGCAGCAGCGCUGUGCAACAACCAGACCAGAGCUUCUACAUGAGCAGCUCUCUGUCCAUCAGCACGUCCGAUUGGGGCACCCAUAAGGUGUACACAUGUCGGGUGUCUGUGGGCACCCACAGCUCAGAGACACAGAUCAGCAAGACCCAGUGUGGGACAGAGUCUGAGUAGUCCCAGGACCUGGACCACUGUGUCCUGUCAUACAUGCUAAAGUCUGUAAACAACAGUGUGUUUGUUGUACUGUUCUACCUUUGCAAUAAAUAAA